GGCAUGUCAUACCCGUUUCAAUGAAGGCGACUGACUGACUUCUUUUACUAAUUAAUAAUGAGAGAGAGAACUGGGAAAAUUCUGGAAUUCCAGCCAAUCAAAUCAACAUGUGAAUUGUCAUUAUUUACGAUUAAGAGAGAUUCCUAGAAAGGACACUUGUUCACGAAGAUAGCACUCACUUAGUAUCCAGGUAUUAUUAAAUAAUCGCAUCUCUUUUGGGAACUUCUAGAUUUAUCAUCCUGUUGGAAUAGAAUCCCUCCCUCCCUCCAUAGCAUUCUCUUUCUCGUCCAUCGCACUUCUUUCGGUUUGGCAGAAAGAAAGAAAAAGGAGAUCUGUCCAUAAAUCUUCCUAGUUAGAUGAGACAAUCAAUUUGAUCGAAGUGGCUAUUAUCGCUACAAUCCUUCCUCUCUCUACAUAUUGCCCCACGUUGUCUUCAACAUAACAUAAAGUCAUGGACAGUGCAUAUUCCCAAUCGACCUCUGAGGUCUUGGAUCAUUUCUCCGUAUCCGAAUCUCAAGGUCUCACAGACGCUCAAAUUACUGCAUCGAGGGAGAAGCAUGGUCGUAAUGCUAUCGCAGAUGAGCCUCCAACUCCCAUUUGGGAACUUAUCCUCGAACAAUUCAAAGAUCAAUUAGUUAUUAUACUCCUCGCCUCCGCGGCCAUUUCCUUCGUCUUGGCUCUUUUCGAAGAUGAAGGAGGAUGGACUGCUUUUGUCGACCCCGCAGUGAUUCUCACCAUUUUGAUCCUUAAUGCCGUCGUUGGUGUAUCGCAAGAAAGUAGCGCGGAGAAAGCAAUUGCGGCCCUUCAAGAAUACUCAGCAAAUGAAGCCAAAGUGGUUCGAAAUGGACAUGUCACUCGAGUUCGCGCGGAAGAAUUGGUUCCUGGAGAUAUCAUCACAAUCGCAGUAGGAGACAGAAUUCCUGCAGAUUGCAGAGUCAUCGCAAUUCAGAGCAACAGUUUCUCAGUCGACCAAGCCAUUCUUACUGGAGAGAGUGAGAGUGUUGGAAAAAGUACUGCGGCUGUCACGGAUUUGAAGGCCGUUAAGCAGGAUCAAGUAAACAUGCUUUUCUCUGGAACCACUGUUGUCACCGGGCAUGCAACUGCAAUCGUCGUUCUUACCGGAUCUUCUACAGCCAUUGGUGAUAUUCACGAAAGUAUUACGGCACAGAUUUCAGAGCCAACUCCACUCAAGCAAAAACUCAACGAUUUUGGAGACACUUUGGCGAAGGUUAUCUCAGUUAUCUGUAUUGUGGUCUGGCUUAUCAACAUUCCUCAUUUUAAUGAUCCUUCUCAUGGAAGUUAUGCUAAGGGUGCGAUUUACUACCUAAAGAUUGCAGUAUCCCUCGGUGUUGCAGCUAUUCCAGAAGGUCUCGCUGUUGUCAUUACAACUUGUUUGGCCCUUGGUACCCGUAAAAUGGCCGCCAAGAAUGCCGUUGUUCGAAGCUUGCCUUCAGUAGAAACUCUAGGUAGUUGCAGCGUGAUCUGUUCGGACAAAACUGGUACCUUGACUACAAACCAAAUGAGUGUCAACAAAGUCGUUUAUAUCAAUGAUGCAGGUUCUGACCUUGAGGAGCUGGACGUUGAAGGAACUACCUUCUCUCCUAACGGUAAAAUUCUUUCAAAUGGCACUGUGAUGACAGACGUAGCCACAAAAUCGAAUACCAUCUUUCAAAUGGCCGAGGUAGCAGCUCUUUGUAACGAAUCUGCACUUGCAUUUGAUUCUAAGUCUAACACUUAUUCAAACGUCGGAGAACCUACUGAAGGCGCUCUACGUGUUUUGGUAGAGAAAAUUGGAACCUUGGACGCAGGUCACAAUCAAGCAAGAGCCAGCAUUGCGGCGAGUGACUCUCUCCACCACGCAAGCUCCUGGUAUGAAAAAAGAACUCCUCAUCUCGCUACUUAUGAAUUCUCUCGCGAUAGAAAGAGCAUGUCUGUUCUUGUCGGAAACGGUCAGCAACAAAAAUUACUUGUCAAGGGAGCCCCAGAAAAUAUUAUCAAUCGUUGCACUCACACUUUGGUUGGAUCUAACGGCAAGAGAGUCCCACUCACAGAGUCUCUUGAGAAGCUUUUGUUGAAGGAAGUCGUCGAAUAUGGUAAUAAAGGUCUACGUGUUAUCGCACUCGCUAGCGUGGAAGAUGUUGGGUCUAAUCCAUUAUUGAAGUCGGCAACUACUACUACUGAAUACACCCAAAUUGAGCAGAAAUUGACUCUCCUUGGUCUUGUCGGUAUGCUUGAUCCCCCUCGCCCAGAGGUAGCAGGAUCCAUCCGAAAAUGUAAGGAAGCCGGAAUUCGAGUCAUUGUCAUUACUGGUGAUAACCGCAACACUGCCGAAGCAAUCUGCAAACAAAUUGGUGUUUUCGAACAAUUCGAGGAUCUUAAGGGCAAAAGUUACACUGGCCGAGAAUUUGAUAAUCUUAGCCAAAGCGAGCAAUUGGUUGCUGCUAAGACUGCCUCAUUAUUUUCUCGUGUUGAACCAAGUCAUAAAUCCAAGCUUGUAGAUCUUUUACAAUCAGCUGGUGAAGUGGUAGCUAUGACUGGUGAUGGUGUCAAUGAUGCACCUGCUCUCAAGAAGGCCGAUAUUGGUGUUGCUAUGGGUUCUGGUACUGAUGUCUCUAAACUUGCUUCCGACAUGGUUCUUGCCGAUAAUAACUUUGCUACUAUUGAAGUUGCAAUUGAAGAAGGUCGAUCCAUCUAUAACAACACUCAACAAUUCAUCCGUUAUCUCAUAUCCUCCAACAUUGGCGAGGUUGUUUCUAUCUUCUUGACAGCAGCAGUGGGUAUGCCAGAGGCUUUAAUUCCUGUUCAACUCUUAUGGGUCAACCUUGUUACCGACGGUCUCCCAGCUACAGCUUUAUCAUUCAACCCUCCUGAUCAUGAUAUCAUGAAAAGACAACCAAGAAAGCGUGAUGAAGCAUUGAUUGGUGGCUGGCUCUUCUUCCGUUACAUGGUCAUCGGUAUCUAUGUCGGUCUUGCUACUGUAGCUGGUUAUGCAUGGUGGUUCAUGUACAACUCAGAAGGACCACAAAUUACCUUCUGGCAACUAUCUCACUUCCACAAAUGUUCAGCUCAAUUCUCAGACAUCGGCUGCGAAAUGUUUUCGAACGACAUGGCUAAAUCUGCAUCCACGGUCUCACUCUCGAUCCUUGUCGUUAUCGAAAUGUUCAACGCCGUCAACGCUCUCUCUUCUAGUGAAUCUCUUCUCACCCUUCCUCUUUGGGAAAACAUGAUGUUGGUCUACGCUAUUGCCUUAUCUAUGGCAUUACACUUUGCGCUCCUCUAUACACCUAUCUUGCAAACUCUUUUCUCAAUUCUCCCAAUGAAUUGGAAUGAGUGGCAGGCGGUUCUUAUUAUUAGUGCUCCUGUUAUUAUCAUUGACGAAGGUCUGAAAUUCUUAGAAAGACAAUUCUUCAUGCAAAAGUCGGCAAUUAAAGAAAGACCAAAGAAGGAAUAGAUGCCUCUCCAUGGAUUCGCAUGAAGAAUGCGCACUUCGAUGGGAAGUAGAACAGCUGCUUGAAAUAGCUGGUAAGAAAACGGUGGGGGUGUAAACUAUUAGAUUUUGGUAGAUAUUAGAUUAACAUACAUGUACGAUACCUCCCACGUAAAAGGAGGGGUAUUGAACUUGAAUCAAGAAUAUAAAAUUACACAUGCAUGAUUACCAAUUUAUUUAGUACUACCUGGGCAUUUGGAAAAAUACCUAAAUGUUUGCA